AUGCCCGGACAAUUUGCGUCUCUGGCCUACACAACUACUGGCAUCUCUUCGUUUGACGAGCUUACCAGCCUUGCAAUGAAUUCUACUGGGCGUGGUAAGACUAAUCUUCUCAGCCUCAGUGCCGGAGUUUACUCACCUCCUCCAACAUCACUCGCCUAUCACCAGCUAAUCCACGAUGCCUCAAUGACCACCGCUACUACCACUGCUCCUACUAGCCUUCUUUUUCGACCAGACUGCCCCCCACCUCUAAGUACUCCCUACACAAUGAACCAGCUUGCUUCCCCUUCAUCCUGUUUUCUGCCAGCCGAGGCUUUUGGCUCUACUCCCAUUCGGGACUCAAAUAUGAUAUCUAGUGAGAACAUAUUUGGCGCUGGGCAGCAGCCGCACGCACAACCUCCCACUCCUACCAGUCUCCUGCUCUCUAACUCGACUGACAGCGGAGCCACAGGGCUUGGCGAUUCGCCAGUCAGUCUAACUCUUCCUGGACCCACUGUUAGGCCGUCAAUGGUUGAAAUAAGCUUCAGUAAGACCUCAGGCCCUCAAGAAAACGUGCUGGCUGAACAGAUGAGUAAGAUUCCAAAGGGAUAUCAACCACAACAUCGAGCCUGGCAGAGGCCGAUCUCGGCACUGGUGGAGGUACCACUACCCAUGUUUCCUGCAUACUUUGAUUCUGUCGAUAACGAAAGUCUAGCGGAUAAAAUAUAUUUAUCAACUGGAGCUAGAGUGCAAUUGGCUCCCCAGAUGUCAGAGUCUUCCACUAAAUUGUCAGGCAGUCCCUCAAAUGGCCGCGUAUAUCUCCUUGUAACUGGUGAUUCCUAUGCUGUGAGCCAAGCCAUCAGUAUAAUAGAGCAACACAAAUCGUCAAGUUUUUCUUCUGGCGCCUCUUUGACUCCACUACCCUUGAUUCUGCCCUUGGUUUCCGGUACAUCUUUGAUUCCAGGAAGCUCUGCUCUAGGCCAUAUUUUGCCCGGGCCACCUGCAUCCCCUGAGCUACUCUGCUUGAGGUCAUCUACCGCAUUUCAGUCUCCACCAUCGCAGCCAGCAAUGCCAGUACUACCCGUUGCUGUCUCUCUGCACAGCUCUACAGAAAUUGCGAAUUCAUCGGGGACUUCCUUCUUGUCCGACGCACCUCUUCGUCAUGGUGCAAUCAUGUUGCCCGACCUCAGGCCACAAAUUUCUGGAACUCCUGUAUACUACUCUUCCUCCCUACAUCCAUCCUCAUUGCUCGUAUCUGCAUCUGCUUCUUGCUCUUCUGCACUUUCCUCCCCUGAGGGAAUUACUGAAAGAGCAUUAUCAGCCGAAGCAGUAAGAUCUGUUUCUGGGCCGUUAGUUGGGGCCGAUUGUGCCCCUGGAGGGUUGGUGUCCACGUGGAGGGCAGCGCAGAUACCUGAUUGCUUCCCCGCCCCUGUUGAGAAAAAUUCGUCAGUUAAAAUGUUUAAAAAUAAACAAUCGCCUCCAUUAUCGCCACCACUGUCUCUCCGAUCCCUCCUGCCAUCACGGCCUCUUCAUUCAGGCCGAAUGCUGAGUUAA